GCAGUUGCAGUGGUGCAGAAUGGCUGACCUCAGUCUUGCAGAUGCAUUAACAGAGCCACCUCCAGAAAUUGAGGAAGAGAUAAAACGGGACUUUAUUGCCACACUGGAGGCAGAGGCCUUUGAUGAUGUUGUGGGAGAAACUGUUGGAAAAACAGACUAUAUUCCUCUCUUGGAUGUUGAUGAGAAAACCGGGAAUUCGGAGUCAAAGAAGAAACCAUGCUCAGACACUAGCCAGGUUGAAGGUACUCCUUCUUCUAAACCAACAGUGCUAGCCAACGGCGACCAUGGAAUAGAAGGGAAUACCACCGGGUCUCCAACUGAAUUCCUUGAAGAGAAAAUGGCCUACCAGGGCUAUCAAAACAACCAGAACUGGCCAGAAGAUACAAACUUUUGCUUUGAACCCGAGCAAGUGGUGAAUCCUAUCCAGACCGAUCCCUUUAAGAUGCACCAUGAUGAUGGCCUGGAAGAUUUGCUCUUUCUCCCCAGUGGAACAACCAGUACUUCAUCAUUUACAGAACAAAAUGAUCCCCUGAAAGACAGUUAUGGUCUGUUUCCCUGCGACACGUUUGCUCCUGCAGCUGUUGCCCCUGAGGGGUGGUCUGUGGAAGCUCCGAAUCCUCCACACUUGGAGUCCCUCAUUUCCCUGGAUGCCAUUACACAACCUCUGCAGCCCACAGCAGAGCCAGCUGAUAUAGAAAUGACAUCAGCAGAAGAGAGGACACCAACAAAAGCACUGGAAGUAAUAAUGGGACUGAAGGCUUCUGACAUGGCACCAUCUAGAGAAUCAGAGAUAGUCCCAGCCAAGGACGUGGCCCCAGCCUCAGAAACAGAGGUGGCAUUGACUAAAGACAUGGAACCACCAACCAAAUCAGAUACAGCCCUAGUCAAGGACAUGGGAAUGGAGGAAGCCCUGGUUAAGGAUGUUGUAUUGCCCACAGAAACAGAGGUAGCCCCAGCCAAGGACGUAACACUGUUCAAAGAAACAGAGAGGACACCACUUGUAAAAAUGGAUUUGGCCCCAGCUGAUGACGUGGCACCACCCACAGACAGAGAGAUGACCCCAGCCAAGGAUGUAGCAUCACUCUCAGAAAUAGGGGUAGCCCUGGCUAAGGAUGUUGUGUCAUCCACAGAAAUAGCCUCAGCCAAGGAGGUAGCCUUGUCCUCAGAAACAGAAGUGGCCCUAGUCAAGGAUGUGACUCCAACUCCAGAAACAGAAGUCACCCCAGUCAAGGACAUGACUCCACCCCCAGAAAUCAAGAUGGCCCUGGGCAAGGAUGUAGCUCCACCUGAAACAGAGGUGGCCCCAGUCAAGGACAUGGUUUCACCUCCAGAAACAGAGAUGGCCCUGGGCAAGAAUGUGGCUCUGCCCUCAGAAACAGAAAAGGCCCUGGGCAAGGACGUGGUUUCACCUCUGGAAACAGAGAUGGCCCCAGGCAAGAAUGUGGCUCUGUCCCCAGAAACAGAAAUGGCCCUGGGCAAGGAUGUGGUUUCACCUCCAGAAACGGAGGUAACCCUGGCUGAGGAUGUUGCUCUGCCCCCUGGAACAGAAGUGACCCUGGCCAACAAUGUGGCUCCAACCAAGGAUGUUGCAGCAUCCUCAGAAGCAGAGGUGGCACCGGUUCCAGUCAAGGACAUGGAAAUUGCACGGGCACAGGAAGAAACAAGUGAGGAUUCCCAGCUGGAAUCUCUCCAGGUCGAGGGACAGUCAGUUGCACCUACUCUCAUGAUUUCACCAGAACCAGUCACAGCCAUGGGCCAGAAGUACAGCUUGCCAGUGGAUGAGGAUUCUAUGUUCGAGAAACUAGAGCAAAAGAAACUGUUGAGUAGUCCACCUUCUGAACUUUCUUCAGAGACCUCAGGUACCCCUCCCACACAAGCCAAACAAGCGUGCAGACCCAGUGACCGCAGGUCCACUCGGCCCAGGCCUGCCAGGGUCCCUCCUGAGCUGCUGGGAGGCUCUUCGCCACGGAAGACUCUUGAUCCUGGGCUGGGCCUCUGCCCUUUGUCUGAGUUGGGUUGGGUUUCUGGUUCAUCUUCCUGUAGUGAGCCUGGGAACCAGAGGAAACCUAUUCACGGUGGCUUCCUUGAACCCCAGAGGGAUUUUGGCAGGGAGGCCUGGGAUAUAUAUGAAAGCACACCAAUGAUGAUGAAGAAAAAAAAGAAGAAACCAAAGCAGAAGAGAUAUUCUCAGCCCCGGGAUGGGGGUCCUUGGGAUGAUGAUAAUGCAGGCGUGCCUAAAGGUCAUCCCUUUGCCACUGACCCACAAAAAUCAGGUGUUCUUCCCAGCCAGCCUACCAUGGUGGGCACAGAACAUGGACUGGUGUCCAGAGAAAACUUGAAAAAGGAAUGUGACAUUGACUCCAGAACAGCAAAACUGGCAGCUGAGAACUUGUCCUCAGAAAGCAUUAGCACUCCUUCAUGUCCUUUGCAAGAACUCCUGAAAACUGCAGGGAAUUCUCAGCCCAGACUGAGCGUGGCAGCAGAGGUCAAAGGUAACAAGUCAAUCCUACAGAGCCAAGAUGAGUGCAGACCACAGCCUGCACCGCCCCUCCAGACUCCUGUGGGUAAAAGCCAGGCAGUAGGUCCCCGCAAUCUGAAAGGACCCCUGACGGAGGUUUCUGCACACAAUGUAGAAAUUCCUUUGGAGAUCAGACCCAAAGAGGGUUGUUUUCCUCUCUUGGACCAAAAGCCUAUGGGUGGAGUAUCCACAGAAGCAAAAGAACUGCCUAAUUUGAUACCCACUUUGACUACAGAUAAUCCAUUAGAAAGCAGUCUAAAAGAAGUAAAUGAUGAAAAUGAAAUGACUAAACAGCACAAUGACAAACAGAAAGAGUUUUCUGAAGGAGGUGAACAGGUUAAAGAACUAAAAAAGGAAGCUAUUCCCAAGCAAAGACACGAGAACAGCAUCUUUGCUUCCGAGCAGCUGCAGGACAAGGUGUUAGUUCAGGGUCCAGGGCUAGGGAAUGAACCACUAAAGAGAAUGGCAGGUGAUGUUAAAAGCAGGAAGGGAAGGGGAAGUUCUGCGAAAGUGAGAGCAAGUUCUGGAAAGGAGAGAGCGAGGUCUGAGCUGCCGUUCCUUCCAGACAGCCAGAAGGACAGUGGGGCUGUUCUUGUGCCAGAGGAGCCAGCCCCUAAAGCUGAAAGAAUGACGGCUGGGGAUAAAAGUGAGGAGCUAGGGCCGGAUUUCCCAAAGCAACCAGGGACCCUGGCUGAUCUCACUGAGGGGGUGGUGGUGGGGGAGCCUAAGGAGAUGACUGACCUGAGGGUGGCAGGCCCUUUGCAGCCGUUGACUCUCUGGGGACAUGGGUCAGACGUGGUUCAGACUUCUGUUGCUAGGACAGAAAGGGGAGCCAUGGCCACAGGUAGGGGUGUCGGCAACCAGAGCGAGCAGGAAAAGUGUCCUUGGAUGGAUCAUGAGGCAGCUCCCUGGAUUUCUGAAAAGCCUAAAAAACGAAGCAGUGACGGCAGAAAUAAAAAGUUUAAAAAUAAUUAUUCCACACAGUCCACUAGAUUGGAGAGGAAGGAAGAACUCCUCACCCCACCUUUUGUAGGGAAGGAUGGAGGGGUCGCUAGCACUCACCAUCAGAACAGGCAGGCAGAACUCCCUCUCCCCAUCAGUCCUGACCCUUUGUUCUCAGGUACAUCAGGUGCACCGGCUGGGGAGGUUGUUGACCGAAAGGGUGGAAAGGCUAAGGCUGAUCCUUUUGAGCUUGGGGCUCUUGGCGGGAACAAAACAAAUACAAUCAAGGAUUCUAUUACUGAACCAACUACCAAGGUGACAGAUUUGAGCUGCCAAGACCAAAUCCAGGGAGCAGGACUUGUUCCUUUAGUACUGUCUGAGGAGAAUAAGAUAGUUGCAGCAAAGGGACACACUGCAGUGGCUGACAAACCAAAUGUGAGGAGUAAUGAUGGAAUAAGCAAACAGGUUAAAAAUAGUUUCCCCGAGGAACACGUUCUGGAGAAUAAGAUAGAUGCAACAAAAAUACUUGUUCCCAUGGAAACCAUAGGGGACCACAGAAUUGAGGGAAUGAGCUAUGUGGACGAAAAUAGAAAUAUUACAUUCACCUGCCCCAGAACACCAGCAGGGUUGAUGAAUAAGUCAGUCCCUCUAGAGGCUCAGGAAUCAGCAGCCUGUGGAAAACUUCCCACUCCUCCUCAAGUAGUAAAGGAAAGUGAUUCACUUCCAGACACCUUGGCAGAAAGUAGCCAAGAGACAGCUCCAGCCCAGAUUUCCACAGUUGUAGUGGUAGAUAAUUGCAGCAAAGAUGGAGCCACAGAAGAAGAAAGGCCCAAGGCUCCCUCUGCUGUUACACCCUCUACAAGCACGGGAGGGGUUGCCCCAACUUCUACAGCAGCUGAAGAAACAGUUAACAGUCACGGAGGUAACUGUCUUAAGAAUAAAAGGGAGCUUGCUGACCCAAUGGCAGAUGCAGCAGGGGUAGAUGGAGGACAUGUAAGGGGAGAAUCUGAGUCUGUGAUGCCCAGUGCUGCGUCUCAGCACUCAGCAGAGAAAAUCACAGAGCCGGCAGAGGGGCUCCUUCCUCCUGGAGUGCCAGUAGGAGACCAGAGCCUGGCAGGUGAAGUCAGGGUCCCACAAGCACGUGCAGAUAGGAGUAAUUUCCCAACAUGUCCAGUAAAUAAAAGGAAAGAGUCUGAGGAAGGUUCUGCUGCAGUUCCAAUUCCUAACUUACUGGGAGACAAAACACAAAAGCCCCCUUUCCGUGAGGACCAAAAUGCUAGAGAGAGAGUGUCCAAGGGCCCAGAUAGUUUGAUUAUGGAGGUAGAUGGGCCUCCAAAAAGUGAAAAGGCUAAAUUGGAAGAAAUCAGUCUGGCUUCUGAAAUCACAGAAUUGGAAUCUGUUUCCUUGGCACCACCUGAACUCCAGUCCGAUGUCUUCAGUGGCAGAGUUGAAGCAACUCCUUCCAGGGUGGUAGAUAAGUUAGUAGUGACUGCUUCCAAGUCUCCUCAAGUGCCAGAACCUAAAGAUAAGAUCUUGGAGGCACCUGAGAAAAUGACAGAAAAAUCUGAACCAAAGGCACCGGGAGAAGGAAAGAAGGAAGAUAAAGGCAGAAUGGCAGAACCGAUGAAGGGCUACAUGAGACCCACCAAGUCUCGAGGUCUUACUCCACUUUUGCCAAAGUCUACAGUCCAAGAGCGAGAGAGAUCCAAGCAACUCAAGUCCAGUGGAACAGCCAAACCAGAAGAAGGACGGCCUCCUGUGAGUGUGACCGGAAAUGACAUCACUGCCCCUCCAAACAAGGAGCUCCCACCAAGCCCAGAGAAGAAAACAAAGCCUUUGACCUCCACUCAACCUGCAAAGACUUCAACAACGAAAGCCAAAACGCAGCCCACUUCUCUCCCUAAACAGCCAGCUCCCACCACCUUUGGUGGGCCGAAUAAAAAACCCAUGAGCCUUGCUUCAGGCUCAGUACCAGCUGCCCCACCCAAACGCCCUGCCGCCACCACUGCCAGGCCUUCCACCUUACCUUCAAAAGACGUGAAGCCCAAGCCUGUCACAGAGGCAAAGAUUCCUGAGAAGCGGGCCUCGCCAUCCAAGCCGGCCUCUGCCCCGGCCGUCAGGACCGGCUCCAAGAGCACCCAGCCUGUUCCAAAAGCCACAGCAGCUGCCACUCUUGCCUCAGCUGGGCCAAGCAGUAGGAGCCCCUCCAUGACCCAGCCCAAGAGGCCCGCUGCUGUCAAGACUGAGGGGAAGCCUGCGGACGUCAAGAGGAUGGCUACAAAGUCUGCACCAGCUGACUUGAAUCGCCCAAAGAGCACCUCCACCAGUUCCGUGAAGAAAAAUGUGGCUGUCCCUGGGGUGGCUCCCCUGGCAGGGGCGGCUCCCAGUCGAGUCAAGCCCACGACCACGCCACCCCGGCCCCCCGGGACUCCUUCCACAGACAAGAAGCCUCCGGCAGCCAAGCCCAGCUCCUCUGCCCCGAGGCUGGGCCGCCUGGCUACCAAUGCUUCUGCCCCUGAUCUGAAGAACGUCCGCUCCAAAGUAGGCUCCACGGAAAACAUCAAGCAUCAGCCUGGAGGAGGCCGGGCCAAAGUAGAGAAAAAAACAGAGGCAGCUGCUCCAGCUCGAAAGCCUGAACCUAACGCAGUCACUAAAGCAGCCGGCCCAACGGGCAGUGCGCAGAAGCCGCCUGCUGGGAAAGUCCAGAUAGUCUCCAAAAAAGUGAGCUACAGCCAUAUUCAAUCCAAGUGUGGGUCCAAGGACAAUAUUAAGCAUGUCCCUGGAGGUGGUAAUGUUCAGAUUCAGAACAAGAAGGUGGACAUCUCUAAGGUCUCCUCCAAGUGUGGGUCCAAGGCUAACAUCAAGCACAAGCCUGGUGGAGGAGAUGUCAAGAUCGAAAGUCAGAAGUUGAACUUCAAGGAGAAGGCCCAGGCGAAGGUGGGCUCCCUUGAUAACGUGGGCCACCUGCCGGCAGGAGGUGCUGUGAAGAUUGAGACCUACAGGCUGACGUUCCGGGAAAACGCCAGGGCCCGCACCGACCACGGGGCCGACAUUGUCUCCCGCCCCCCCCACUUCCCUGGCGGCCCCAGCUCAGGCACCCGGGCCCCUGGCUCCCUCUCCCGGGCUGCCCUCUAGGCCCCUCCCUUCCUCCUGCCUGGCUUGCCCAGGGUGACAGUCCUACCCCCACUCCUCCUUCCUUCCUUCCCCACCCCCCCCCAGCCCAGCCCCCUGCUUUGCUCCUGUCUCAGAGCGCCACUGCUCCACCCAGAAGGUUGGGAGGGAGAUGGGGUGGGGGAGGCUAACAUGGGAUCUCCUGGGAUCGGGGUGGGAUGGUGGGGGGACCCAGAUUCCAGCCUCCUCUGUUUGUUUGGGUUUUUGGACCAAACCCAAGAGAAACUGACAUACUGUUCCUCCUUGCUGGGUCCACCUGGAGGCAGCGGGGAAGAGGGUGUCCGUGUGAUGGCUGGGCGCUGACUGCGUCCCCUGGAGCCUGCUACGCCCCUGGCUCUCCCUGAUCCCACACUGGUGCCCACUGUGCGGGUGGUGCCAGGCGCCUCUUGCUGCCCUGCCCCAAGUUACUCAGGGGCAGUGCUGCCUGUCCCCGCUGCUUCCCAUGCCUGCCUAGCCGCUGUCACACUUUGUUCUUUUAUCCUUUUUUUUUUUUUUUAAAUAACAUAAAAACUGAUGGAGUAGUUUUUGCAGGUUGAAGCCAUGUGUAAAUGAAAGUCCUCAGUAGGUGUUAAAGGAAACAGGGAGGGGAGAUCCUGAAGCCUCCAGCCCGGAGGUCAGGCACUGGGGGCUGCCCUGGUUUUGGGCAGCUUGGAGCCCCGAAGGUGGUGUGGGCAGGGCAGGUGCGGUGUACGGGCUGUGGCCUGGAGCGCAGACGGGGCCCGCGUGGGGCUGGUCGCAGUGUGGACUGGUGGUUCUGGCAUUUUGUGUGUAUGCUGCUUUCCUUUUCUAACCAACAGGCUGGUUUUUGCAUCUGUGUCUGUCUCAUUCCCUGGGAUCUGGUGGGAGAUACAAGGUCAGGGCUGGAAAGGGCCAUGGAGGUCAGAUGCCUCCAGGCCUGCAGCCUGGGAUGCUCGAGCCCUCAGUUCCCAGGGAGCGUGAAAUGUCCAGAACUCAGGUGGACAGUGGGGAAUCAGGUUUGGAAAUUUAAAAAUAAGGCCAUGAGAUGGGCCGUUCCGCCUCCCUUAUAACCUGACUGGAGACGGGAGGGAGAGGCAAGGCCAGCCUGCAGAGGGGUGUCCCGGUUAGGCCUGGCUUGAGAUGGCUGCAAUGAUAAGUCCCGGGAAUUGCAUUGACACGAAGAUUCUUAUUGCACUUGUAUUUUUUGUAUUAAAGUUUGCAUGGUUUCUAAUAAAGGAUUAAAACGUAAGAGUUUGUAGUGAAAUGGCCUGGGAGUCACCAAGGCUUCUCCUCUGGAAAAGCAUCUUCUGCAGCACAGACUUGGCCCCCCGCCCCCCACCCCGGCUUCUGGUGUCCCUUGGUGCUGAGAAGGUGGAGGGCUCUUGACCUAGGUUGAUUUGAUGCCCAUGUAGAGAGAGGGCAUCUGGGCUGGACAGUUUCUAAGAUAGCAUUUUCUUUCUGGGAGAUUCUACACCAUAUCCCCAGCUCCCCAGGCACAUACCAAGAAAAGGCAGGGGUCUUGUGGAGAAAGCGCUCCCAGGGCCAUAGACUGUCCGUAGAGUGCUUCAGGGGUGCCAGGGACAUAGGGGCAUGUCUGUCAGCAAGAGGAAGGGGCAAGAUGAAACUGGGAGGAUGCAGUGGGGGGUGGGGUGCCAGGAGACGAAGUCCAGGUGACAGUGCUGGGCCUCAACGUACCUGCGCCCUCCCGGUGUUGAUCCUGGGGGCACAGGGAUGCUGAGGUGGACAACAGGCUCUGGUCCUUUUACUCCCUUGGUGAAGGGUAGGGGUGGGAGAGGUGAUCCCAGUCAGGAGCUCUCUAAUGGGGGCUGAGGCGGUCUGGUCACAGCUCCUUUGAAGGGUCCCACAAGCCAGAGAAGCUGAGAAGGCAGCCCUGACAGGUGGGACCAGAGGCCGUGUGUGCUGUGUACUCCUCUGCAGCCAUUGGGAGUAGGGCAUUUCUGUACUUUGAUUUGCUUAUGGCUCCGCCAUCACCUGUGUCAAUCUGUGAUUCUGUUGUACCGAUUUCAAGAGUAAAUAAAGCUCUUAAGUCUCA